GGAAAGACGCCGUGGUACACUUUUGGCUGGACUGUUCCUGGAGCUUUGUUUAGAAAACAGAAAAUAAUGGCUUUCGAUUCAAUCCCAAAAGAUUUACGGGCGUUGCGGGCAUGCUUGGUGUGUUCAUUGGUAAAGUCAUUCGAUCAGUUCGAAACCGACGGCUGUGAUAACUGUGAGGACUUCCUACGAAUGAAAAAUAACCGGGAACAGGUUUACGAUUGUACCAGCAACAAUUUCGAUGGAAUGAUUGCGGUUAUGACUCCGGACGAUAGCUGGGUUUGCAAGUGGCAACGAUUAAGUCGCUUCACAAAAGGAAUCUACGCAAUUUCUGUAUCCGGAAAGCUUCCCAAUAGCAUAAUCAGGGAAAUGAAGAACCGUGGAAUUCCGUAUCGGCCCCGCGACACGAGUCAGCGAUAGAUUUUAUACGUUUUCUUUCGUAUUUUGUAAUAAAAUGAAUCAUUUAGGUAAGAUACAAGACAGAUAUAAAUAAAGGGAAAUUG